AUGACUGACCCUGCCAUCCUCGCGGCCUUUGGGCCACCCCCUGCCAAUGUCAAUCUGGCAGAAAGCAGCGUAAGGGUGAACAACGGCGCCGUCAUUGGACUUCUCUGUGCAUCGUUUGUGCUUGUCGUUUUGCGGUUUAUGGCAAGGAUUAGUCUCCGCAAUCCGCUUCUUGCGGAUGACUGGGCGAUUAUUGCGGCGCUGUGCUGUAUAGGCGCGACAACUGGAUUGAGCGUUUCAGGCAGCUUCGUGGGGGCAGGGAGACAUGUGUGGGCCGUCUCAUUAGACGAUUUGACGAAGCUAUACCGAUUCCUCUACACAUAUACCUUCAUCUACGGCGCCGGCUGCACCAGCACCCGGGUCUCCAUCCUCUUCUUCUACCUACGCAUCUUCUCCCCGCUCGAAAAACCGCUGAAAGCGGCCCUCAUCUUCGCCAGCGUCAUCACGGCCGCAUACCCCCUCAUCAUCUGGAUCACAAUGGCCAAUGCCUGCAAGCCCGUGAGCUUCUUCUGGACGCAGUUCAGCGGCACGACAACCGGCAAGUGCAUCAACAUCAACCAGUUCUUCCUGGCGCUGGGGAUCCUCAAUAUGCUGAACGACUUUAUCAUCCUCGCCCUGCCGUUUCCGCGCAUCAUCAAGCUGCAGAUGACGCUGCGGAAGAAGGUUGCUAUUUGCGGUAUCAUGGCUGUUGGGAUUUUCGUCUGCGUCGCAAGUAUAGUCCGCAUCCACUUCCUCAGCACCUUCAUGAACACCGCGGACGUAACAUACCUCAUGGGCCCCGUCUUCAUCUGGUCCACCAUCGAGCCGUCCGUGGCAAUCGUCUGCGCCUGUCUCCCCCACCUCGCGCCCCUGGCCCGCAUCGCCCACCGCUCCAUCUUAAGCAGUUUCCGCUCCCACCCCUCCACAACAGGAAAGGGGACUGGAUCUGGGGGCCGUGCGCUUGGGUCUGGACCUGGGCAUGGUUCUGGACAUCACCACAAGGGGGGUAGUAUACUAGGGAAUAAAAAGCAGCCAUUCCAGCAUGGGUUUAAUCGGCUAGAUGGGAGUAAGGAUAGGGGGUUUGAUGAUGACGAGAUUGGCUUGACGAAUUAUGUUAUCGCGGGCAAUGACAAUGUGUCGAUUACGCCGGGGUAUGGACCGCCUGUUAAGGGGGAGAUUACGGUCAAGUCGAGCUUUGUGCAGUCUUCGUCUAGGGAGGGGCCUUUAUGA